UCACAUUAAUCUUCAAUCGAAAUAUCAAGUAACAUGUGCUGCCCAUUCACGUAAAAUUAUUCUCCUUUAUUUUAAUUUAAGUUCAAUUUAAAAAAAAGUAGUGUUGACGUUAUAAUUUAUAAAUUCCCAUCGAUUUGUUUACAAAACAGAUAAGCAAUGAUUGUAAUUUCAUGAUUCAUUAUCGAAUGUGACGUAAUAUAAUAGUAUUGUGGUGGAUCAUUGGAUGUUACAGUUUUGUGGCGCUAUUAAGAUAAAUUAAAUCAGUUACAAUCAACACAAAGAAUCAAAAUAUUCGAUUUUGUAUAACUUUUUGUUCAUAAACUGUUUCAAACGGGAUGAAAUAUGAUAAAGAGCAAUAUCAAGUAUUUAGUCCCAAUUCAGUUCUCAAAAGAAAAAAUAUGCUUUGCAUUUAUAAUGAUGUUUGUGAUUACGUUUUAUUACUUAAAAACGCAAAUAUUAAGUGAGCCUAAUGUCAGAUAUAUUAGUAGAGUACUGCUAUCAAAAAAUAACAUAGAUGAUACCAAUAAAACAUCAUUUUUUGAAGAUAUAUUCAUCUUUGAAGAACAAACCUUAACAAUAUCUGUGACUUCUGUGGUAUCCUUAUACUUGUUCUUAUUUCUAGGUGUUAUAUGUAAUCGUCAUUUAGUACCAUGCGUUCAUAUAAUUUCAACGAGAAUGAAAUUGAGUCAAGAUGUUGCUGGGGCGUCUGUAAUGGCUGCAGCAGUUGCUUGUCCUGAGUUAUUUGUCAAUAUUUUGGCAACUUUUUUUGCAACUGAAGGAGAUGUAGGGAUUGGAACAGUAGUUGGGACUGGUUUAUUUAAUUUACUGUUAGUUCCUGGGCUUUGUGUACUGAUGUCUCAACAUAAAACAAUACAUUUAGAAUAUUGGCCAAUAACACGUGAUAUCCUCGUAUACCUGUUAACUAUUUCAUUAUUAGUUUGGUCCUUAGCCGAUAGUAAAGUUUAUGGAUACGAAGCAUUGACACUAAUUAUCGUGUAUAUUUUAUACUUAUUAAUUCUUUCUUAUAGUACCUCUUUAAGUAAAUUUUUCAAGAAGUUCUCAUUACGCCAUGAAAAUAAUAUUGAAAGUAGCAACGAACAACGACCUAUUCUUCCACUAAAUGGAAUUGAAGCUAAUGGUUUUUUAGUUCACGAACAAAUCAUUAUUCCCAAGUGGAGUGAUUCGAUUUAUGAAUAUUUAUUAACUGUGAAAGAAAUAGUCGUUUGGCCUAUAGUUUUAGUAUUAAAAAUAACAGUCCCUAGUUGUAAUAGUCAUGAUAGGGUAUUUUGGGUACCUAUCACAAUGUUUAUGUGUAUAUUUUGGAUAGGAUGUGGAUCAUUUGUAGUAGUAGAGUUAAUAACCAUAAUAGGAAAUGAAUUUUCUAUACCGGAAUCUGUUAUGGGCUUAACAUUACUUGGAAUUGGUAUGAGUGUACCUGAAAUGGUCUCUAGUAUUGCGGUAGCUAAACAAGGUCAGGGAACUAUGGCUUUAUGCACAGCAUUAAGUUCAUCUACAUUUGACGUUUUAAUAUGUCUUGGUCUACCAUGGUUCAUAAAAGCAAUGGUAUUUCACAAAAAAGGUUUAAAUGCUUCAAUAAGAGUUCAUUCAAGGGGUCUUGAUGAUAGUGCGCUUGCUGUUAUGUUCAGCACAAUUGGUUUCAUGUCACUGAUGUGUUUCAACAAAUUUAUUCUAACCAAACGAACGGGCAUAUUUUUAGUUUUUAUGUGGAUAUUAAUUUGUUCAGCAAUGGUUUACAAUGAAUACGCCACAUAGGUGUGAAGAAAAAAAAGACAUAGAAAAAGAUCACUUUAUGAUAUUUGUGAGCAAAUCAAAAGUGAAUUCCAGUUCCAACGUGAAAAUAGACCUAAGGUUGAAUCUGGAAUACUUGAGUAUCUAAUUUAAUUUGUUAUUCUUGCAUGGCUCAACCAUUGUGUUUUACCAAAACAGUUUAUAUACUUGUACAUAAUAAUAAAAAACAUGCAAAUGAAUGAUUUUUACCUAAAUGUUAGUUUAUUAUACUUUAUGAACUGAACAUGUAACUAAAUUUCUUUUUGAACUAUGAUAACUAUAGAACUAAACUGGUGUAUUUAUUUGUAAAUUUUAAGUUUAUUUCAAUAGUAAAAGAUCAAAUGUUGAUUUGAAUAUAGAAAAACUUGUAUAGAUGUACAUUUAUUUUAAAAUAUAUGUACAUUUAACUCAA